CCGCCGCGGCCGCCGCCCCCCCCGGCAGGGGCGGGCAGGGGGAGGGGCGCGUCGGGCCGGGCGGCGCCGGGGGGACUAGGGGGAGCUGCUGCACCUGAGACACCGGGGCGGGAGCGCGGCGAGGGAGGGAGGGAGGGAGCGAACGCCUCUCCCCGCCGUUAGUCAGCGCUGGUCUCGCUGCCGCUCCCUCCUCCCGCCCCUUCUGCGCGGAGCUGGGCUCUCGCUCCUGUUCCCCUCGGGGCCGCCGGCAGCGCGUCCUCCUCCUCCUCCUCCUUCUUUCUUUUUUUUUUUUUUUUUUUUUUUUUUUAACCCACCCCUCGGGCCCCAUGGCUUCGGCCGGCAGCGGCAUGGAGGAGGUACGCGUCUCGGUGCUGACCCCGCUGAAGCUGGUGGGGCUGGUGUGCAUCUUCCUGGCGCUGUGCCUGGACCUGGGAGCCGUGCUGAGCCCCGCCUGGGUGACGGCGGACCACCAGUACUACCUGUCCCUCUGGGAGUCCUGCCGCAAGCCCGGCAACUUGGACAGCUGGCUCUGCGAGUCGACGCUGCACAGCGACUGGCAGAUAGCUACUCUUGCUUUGCUGUUGGGUGGUGCUGCCAUUAUUCUCAUAGCUUUCCUGGUUGGGUUGAUCUCUAUCUGCGUGGGAUCUCGGAGGCGGUUUUACAGACCAGUUGCAGUCAUGCUCUUUGCUGCAGUUGUUCUUCAGGUGUGCAGCCUAGUCCUUUACCCAAUCAAGUUCAUCGAAACAGUCAGCUUGAAAAUAUACCAUGAGUUCAACUGGGGCUAUGGCCUGGCUUGGGGUGCAACUAUAUUUUCAUUUGGGGGUGCCAUUCUUUAUUGCCUGAACCCUAAGAACUAUGAAGACUAUUACUAGAAUCAUUUAAUGAAAAGAAAAAAUAUCAAAAGGAUUACCCCAUCUUUUCUAACUCACAGUUUUUUUAGAACACUUGUGGAGCACCAAACAGUCUGCUCUGUUGAUAAAAUAGCCUUUGCCUUUCGGGUGUGAACACUGUAACCAGCUUCUACAACCAUUUCAAUGAACUGCAAACACUAGGAUUGCUGAUCUUACAUAGGCAGAUGCUGCAAGCUGCUGAUACAUAAGCUUCAUUUUUUCUGACAACAAGCAAAAGGAUCUACGUGACAGUGAUCAUUUUGAGGAAACUAGUUGGAAUGAGAAUGCAAUGCCAGCAUCUGCUAUUGCCUUCAGGGGGGCAGCUGGUAUAGGCUCCAUUUAGAAGUUUCCAUGUAUCAUAGAGGAUUCAGAUGUCUGAUAAGCAGGCAGUGGCGUCUUGUACAAUAGGCUGUAUUGACCCCUUGUUACUUGCUCCAAAAAGCUCUUAAGGAAUUAGUUGCAAGUGACUGUGUAGAGGGCAGUGAAUGUAAGUGGAUGAUUUGUCUAAUAUCUGCAUUCAGCGGUCUUCUGGGAGGAGAAUUAAAAAAACCCAAACAACAGCAAAAAAAAAAAAAAACAA